AUGCGGUUCGAAAGUGGUUUCGUCCUGCACAUGCUCGGCGAACAGGGCGCCGCCGUCGGCGGAUACGGCAGGCCCGAGGACGAGUACGCGUCCGAAAACACCAAGAGGUUCACGGUGGACUCGCUGUUGCAAGUCCGGAGGCCGGCCAUCGAGGUCGGCGACAAUAAGCGACCGGCGGCCACACGCAUGACACCCUGCUAUGAAGUCGAAACGAAUUCAGAGACAGACGGUCAACGGAAAAGUAAGCCGAGAAGAAAUCGUACAACAUUUUCUAGUUGUCAGUUGCGAGCAUUAGAAAAAGUGUUUGAAAGGACUCAUUAUCCAGACGCGUUUGUCAGAGAGGAACUGGCAAGAAGAGUUUGUCUGUCAGAGGCUAGAGUUCAAGUUUGGUUUCAAAACCGGAGGGCGAAAUUCCGAAGGAACGAGAGAAGUAGUCUGUCGAGGAACAACCCCACACUAUCAACCGUACCCGAUUGCAGAUCUCCGAACGUAGAACAACCCCUUUUACCCAGGUCAAAUACGAACGUCGUUCACGCGGAACCUCCGUUUACAGCUGGCUCCGGUUUUGGCGGUCUCCUGGAGUACUCGGCGUGGAAAUCGAACGGCUUGUCACAGUGUGGAAUGUUUCAGCAUUCGUCAAGUUACCCGGCUUUCUUACCUGCAGCAGUCUCCACCACAGGUAGUCAUGCCCACGGUAAUCCUUCGAUGUCGAUGGCAGUUUCAAACUGUCUAGUACCGAACCACCACCAUCACCACCAUCACCAUGCCGGUUACAUGGUUUCCACUAACCUGGCAAACAUGAGAAUUCGUCCUCAAGAAUAUUAUAUGGACACACCUCAUAUGUAA